AUGGGUAGGAAUGGAGGUGAAGAAGAAGCGUGUAACACCGAGCUUAGGCUGUCCAUCGGAGCUGGUAAUUUCAUGGAGAAUGCUAAGAAGGAUGAAGAAUCGAAAAAGAUGUUGAGAAUGAGUACUUUUGGGACUUCUUUUCCUCUUGGAAUGAACUCAAUGAAUGAAAUCAAUCGUAAUCGGAAUCAAGAGGAGAGUCAAGAUGAGGACGAUGAUGAUGUGGUUGAAUUGGUUGGAGUUGGGAUGAAUAAGGAGAAGAGGAAUCGCACUUCGAUCAAUGGAAGGAAGAAACUUAGACUUAGUCGAGAUCAACUCGGUCUGCUUGAAGAAACCUUCAAACUCCAAAGCACUCUUAAUACGGCCCAGAAACAGGCAUUGGCUGAAAGAUUGAACUUGCAACCGCGACAAAUUGAGGUCUGGUUUCAGAACCGAAGAGCAAGGACGAAGCUGAAACAGACUGAAGUGGACUGUGAUUUUUUGAAGAAAUGUUGCGAAAGAUUGAACAUCGAGAACCAAAGGCUAAGGAAAGAAGUGCAUGAUCUUCGCGCAGCGAGAGCUGCUUCUCAUCCUGGUUUGCUCUAUAAUACUGCAACAACAUCCAAAUCCAGACAUACCUUAAUCUAG